UUUUUAGUAUAAAAGUGACCAAUGUUUACUUAGUCUUCACUAGCAGCCAGUUCUUCACAGAGCAAACAUUAAACAUUUAAAUAACAUUAAAGAAACAAAAAGUUUGCUAAUAAACAUGAAAGCAUUCGUUGUCCUACUAGUUUUGGCUCAAACUUUGAUGCCAUUGGUUCUUGCUGAAAUUCCCAAAGAAAGAUACGAUGAAAUACACAAAAUCUGUGUUGGAAAAAGCGGUGUUUCAGAGGCAGUCAUCGAUCGGGCUCGUAAGGGGGACUUUGAAAACAGCGACAGCUUGAAACAAUUCAUGGUUUGCAUUAUGGAGGAAGAAAACUGCAUUGUGGAUGGAAAGAUCAGUGAGGAUCAAACAGUGGCUGCUAUUCCACCGGCAUUUCUAGCAACAUUUGAAGGACCAGUUCGUGAUUGUGUCAAGGAUUCUGCUUCUGAAGCAAAUCUCAUUGAAGCUGCAUUCAAAAUGACUUAUUGCGUUUAUACCAAGACUUUGGACAAAUUCUUUAUCCCAUAAACAAACUAAACAUUUGACUGAAAAUGUACUAAAAUACCAGCAUGGCAAUGACAUCGCAAUGAAUACAUUACUAAAUAUCUAUGAAUUUUAAUUAUGCACUAAAUGCACUUGCAAAUUGUAUGUUUUUUUGUUGAAAUAAAGUAAAUUAUCAAAUA